AUGGCAUUCAACUUCAGCUCCUCAGGCGGAGGGGGUCUCUUUGGUUCAAAUAGCAACAACAGCAACAACACCCCUUCUUCCAGCGGAACAAGUAGUGGCGGUUUAUUUGGCUCAAGCACCAACAAACCCUCCCAGCCUAGUCUGUUUGGGAACCCAUCAACAUCAACAGCAGGAGGAGCAGGAGGAGGAGGAGGAGGAACCUUCAGCUUUGGAAACUUUGGAAAGCCGGCGGCGACCACUGGCUCCGAAGCACAGAACACGACUGCCACCGCUGGGUCGACUGCCGCAACACCUAGUAUCUUCACGGGAGGAUUUGGCACCCCAGACAAGUCGGCUGCCGGCAAUCCAGCAACAACAUCUGCGCCUCCGCUGUUUGGCUCUACUACUCCUGCAACCACCAAAGCUUUCAGCUUUGGCAAUUCGACCACUCCCGCCGGCCCUCCUCCAGCCACGUCAGCAUUUGGCACGAGCACUGGUGGUCCUACAACGAACCUCUUUGGCAGCAAACCGGCUGAUGAUGGAGCAAAACCGACCCCUACCUUUGGUGGUGGCUUCAGCUUUGGAGACAAGGCGGGACAGACUCCAUUCAAGCCAGCCGAGCAGCCCAAAUCCUCUGGAUUCAGUUUCGGGGGAGCAGCAGGACAAGCCCCCUUCAAACCCGCAGAACCUAAAGCACCGUCAUUCAAUUUUGGGGGAGGACCAGGCAACAGUCCUUUCAAACCGGCAGAAUCCACAUCAACUACCGCACCCUCGGUGCCCGCCACCUCAGGCUCAGAGCAGAAGUCUGCUUUCUCGAUGCCCCCCGCCUCAGCGCCAACAACCUCGCAGCCAGCCGCUGCUCCACAAUUCGGUUUCGGCGCGUCGUCAAAGCCGCCAGAGGGACAAAAUCUGUUUGCGAAGCCGGCCACAACUGAAGCUUCAAAGUCGCCCUUCAACUUCUCGCAGCCCGCCACGACGCAGCCAUCGUCAGGAUCAUCCACCCCAGCAAUGACAGCUUCGAAGAGUAUCUUUUCGGGAAUGGGGGCGUCUGCGCCAGCAAGCACUGCUACCACCGCAAGUACUGCCGCACCUGCUCCUGCUGCUGCUGCGAAUGUGUUUUCCUUCCCUCCCACCACCGGAGCUCAACCCACCACGACCUCCGCCGCGGCACCAUCUCCCUUUUCUCUCCCAACGACCACGACUUCUCAGCCCACAACCACUUCGGCUCCAGCGCCAAGUCCUUUCAACUUCACUAAACCGACCACCACGGCUCCUUCUCAACCCGCUUCGACCGCCGCCGCGCCGGGCUCGACCCCAUUCUCUGCCUUAGGCACGACAACGACCACUUCAGGCUCGCAACCUGCUACCACGGCUGCAGCCCCCGGCUCCACUCCGUUCCAAGCAUCGACCACCGGUCCAGCUCCUCCGGCGCAGUCUCGACUCCGCAACAAAACCAUGGACGAGAUCCUCACGCGCUGGGCAACAGACAUGUCGCGCUAUUCGAAGGAGUUCAAGGAACAUGCAGAGACGAUUGCUCGUUGGGACCAACUGAUCGUGGACAACUCCUCUAAGAUCGACAAACUCUACGUCCGCACACGUACAGCCGAGCGUCAGACCGUGAGCGUGGACAUGCAACUGACGGCGGUUGAGAACUCCCAAUCUGAGCUAGAGGCAUGGUUGACAAAGUAUGAGAAUGAUGUGGACGAGAUGCUGGCCAAGGACUCUGCUGCUCCUUCCGAAUUGGGUGGACCGGAUCAAGAACGGGAGCGUACGUAUAAGCUUGCUGAGAAGUUAGGUGAGAGACUGGAUGAAAUGGAGAGAGACUUGGGCAGUAUGGUCGAGGAAGUCAACGCUGCAAAUGCAAGCUUAAGCAAGAAUGGCAAAGGAGACGAGCCGAUCACGCAAAUCGUCAAGAUCCUCAAUUCACACCUGGUUCAGCUCCAGGCUAUCGACCAGGGCACCCAGGCAUUGCAGGAGAAGGUCGCGGCGGCACAGAAGGCUGCCAGUCAACUUGGUUACUUAAACGGAUCAUCCUUGAAUGAGAGCAAUGGCGCAGCUGUGCAAGACUUCUACCGGAGUUACAUGGGAAGACGCACGUGA